AUGCUAUCACAUUUCCUUUUAAAAUAUUAUAGAGAUCGGCUCGAACAAACAGACCGCAUGCGGAAACUUAAGAAACUGAAGAGCCUGACCGCGACGCAGGAUGGCGGCGGUGGCGGCGAUGGAACGGAAAACCGGAACACAGCUGGAGAAAAGGACGCAAACGGUAGCGGCACCGGUAGUGGAGGUCAAGAGUCCGGCGUCUUCAAUCCGGAGAUCUUCAAGCAUUUUGACAAGAACGGACGUAGCGAAUUCCUGAAGUACCUGAAAAGUCAACUGCAGGACCCCAAGGAGAGUCCCGUCUACGACGGCAAUGGUGCUUUCAAGCAAGGUGUCUCGCAGGCCAUUUACGAGCUGCUAUGGCAGGCGCUGCGUUUCACCCACAAAAAGGACAUCGUCCUGCACCUACUGGCGGAGGUGGUGUCUCUUCACGAGCAACUACCAAGCCUGAUUGUCGAUGUGGUGAAUAUUCUGGACAGUGAAACUUCCCUGAUGACCGAAGGUCUGCAAGAGGAGCGUCAUGCCUUUGUGCUGUUGGUCAAGGAGAUGGACAAGGUCGUGCCCGAGAGCCUUCUGAAGGAGCGCUUGGAAAUCGACACGCUGCAGGAAGUGGGCAUUGUCAAGAACAAGAGCUUCUACUCAAAGUUCAUCAAGGUCAAAACAAAGUUGUAUUAUAAGCAACGUCGUUUUAAUCUUUUCCGCGAGGAGAGUGAAGGCUUUGCCAAGCUCAUAACGGAGCUGAAUCAGGACUUUGAGGAGAAUACCACACCCGAAAGCAUAAUGGACAUUAUUAAAUCGCUUAUAGGCUGCUUCAAUCUGGAUCCUAAUCGUGUCCUAGACAUCAUCAUAGAAUCUUUUGAAACUCGGCCUGAUCGCUGGCAAUUAUUUGUUCCCCUGCUGCGUAGCUAUAUGCCCACUGGUGCCAUAAUUUGUGAGGUUCUUGGCUACAAGUUCUGCCAUUUCAAGGAUUCCAAAACGCCCCGCUCUCUGUAUCAUGUUUGUGCCCUGCUGCUAAAGCAUGGAGUGAUUGAACUGAACGAUGUGUAUGUAUGGCUGACUCCAAAUGACGGCAGCAUCAAGGCGUAUUGGGACGAGGAGUUGGCCGAUGCCAGAGAAAUGGUGCGAAAGCUGAAUCUGAUUUCCACCAACAAGAAGGAGGAGGACAAGGAUCCACCACCUCCGCCCUCGGUGAAGAAAUUCGAUGAGGAAAAGUACAACGCAAAUCAAAAGUUUGGUCUUUGCGAGGCGCUGCUUAAAGUGGGUGACUGGGAGAAUGCCUACAAGAUUAUCCAGAAGCUUCCAGAGCAGGCCAUUGUCCAUCAAGAGCCAAUCGCUAGGGGAAUUGGCGAUUUAAUUCACCUGACGUUGGAGCACAUAUACUAUAAAAAGGUCUUCAAGCCACCGGCUGGUCGCAAACAGAGCCGUAGUCGCUUGUACGACGAUGUCAAGCUGUUGGCCAAGAUGCAGGCGAAGGAAUUCUCAGAUCUGCGAAAGUAUACCUGGCCCAUGGCCAAUGUCCUUGGUCCAUCAAUGCACUACGACACCGUGCUGAUGUACAAACUAAUCCGCAUCAUGGGCAAACUGCUGGCUGACAUGGGCGUCGAUAGUUUAAAUGGCCCGCCACCAAACACGGAGGCGGAACAGCACUACUAUGACAUUAUGACCUCAUUGGAUGCGUGUAUUUUGCCCUCCCUGCUCUAUCUGGACAGCAACUGCUCCAUGUCCGAAGAGAUCUGGGCGGUGUUGAAGUUCUUUCCGUAUCACUUCCGCUACAGCUUGUAUGCGCGCUGGAAAAACGACAGCUAUCAGCUACAUCCGAAUCUGAUUCGGCGAUGUGGCUUGGGCCAGCGGGAUAUCAAGGCGCUGAUGAAACGUGUCAGCAAGGAGAAUGUCAAGCCCUUGGGUCGUCUGGUGGGCAAGUACAGUCACUGUGCCCCCGGACUACUAUUUGACUACAUUCUUCUGCAAAUCCAAAUCUAUGACAAUCUCAUUGGGCCAGUGUGCGACAUGCUGAAAUACUUGACAGCCCUCUCGUUUGACUGCCUUGGCUACUGCAUCAUCGAAUCGCUGACCGUGACGGGUCGCCUGCGCUUCAAGGACGAUGGCACCUCCUUGUCCUUGUGGCUGCAGAGCUUGGCAUCAUUUUGCGGUGCUAUUUAUAAGAAGUAUAGCAUCGAGCUGAGCGGCUUACUGCAGUAUGUGGCCAAUCAGCUGAAAUCGCAAAAGAGCCUCGAUCUGCUCAUCCUACGGGAGAUUGUACAUAAGAUGGCGGGUGUGGAGUCAUGCGAGGAGAUGACCAACGACCAGCUGCAGGCCAUGUGCGGCGGAGAACAGCUCAGGGGAGAGGCUGGCUACUUCAGUCAAGUGAGGAAUACGAAAAAGUCCUCAAAUCGUUUGAAGGAGGCCCUGGCCAACAAUGAUCUCGCCGUUGCCAUUUGCCUGCUGAUGGCUCAGCAGAAGCAUUGCGUCAUCUAUCGCGAAACGGCGGCGCACAGCCACUUGAAGUUGGUGGGCAACCUAUACGAUCAGUGCCAGGACACACUGGUUCAGUUUGGCACAUUUCUGGGGUCCACCUACUCGGUGGAUGAGUAUGUCGAGCGCCUGCCUUCGAUCAUUACCAUGUUGCGGGAGUACCACAUCAACACGGAUGUGGCCUUCUUCUUGGCCAGGCCCAUGUUCACGCACCAGAUAAAUCAAAAGUACGAUCAGCUUCGGAAGGCGGAUCCUAAUGCCAAAAAGCUAACCACCGUCCAGAAGCUGCAAAAGUAUCUGGAGGCCACGCAGCUGAUCAUGAAUCCCAUUGUGGAGUCAGUGCGUCCGCUGCACAGCGCCAAGGUGUGGGAGGACAUAAGUCCCCAGUUUUUGGUUACCUUCUGGAGCCUGAGCAUGUACGAUUUGCACGUGCCGACCGACAGCUACCAGCGCGAGAUCGGUAAGCUGAAGCAACUGGCACAGCAGGCUGCCGAGGGCAAGGACUCCAAUCAGUCCAAAAACAAGAAGGAGCAGGAACGCUACAUUGCCCUGAUGGAGAAGUUGAACGAUGAGCGGAAAAAGCAGCACGAGCAUGUGGACAAGAUCUCGCAGCGACUGCAGGAGCAGAAGGACAGCUGGUUCCUGUUGCGCUCCGCCAAAUCGGCCAAGAACGACACCAUCACCCAGUUCUUGCAACUCUGCCUCUUCCCGCGCUGCACCUUCACUGCCUUGGAUGCACUGUACUGCGCCAAGUUCGUGCACACCAUUCACAACCUCAAGACAUCGAAUUUCUCCACCCUGCUGUGCUACGAUAGGAUAUUCUGUGACAUCACGUACUCGGUUACUUCCUGCACCGAGGGCGAGGCCACGCGUUACGGACGCUUCCUGUGUGCCAUGCUGGAGACCGUGAUGCGAUGGCAUGCGGAUCAGGCCGUUUUCAACAAGGAAUGCGCCAACUAUCCCGGCUUCGUGACCAAGUUCCGGGUUAGCAACACAUUCUCGGAGGCCAACGACCAUGUUGGGUACGAGAACUAUCGCCAUGUGUGCCACAAGUGGCACUACAAGAUCACCAAGGCGAUUGUGUUCUGCCUGGACUCCAAGGACUUCAUGCAGAUUCGCAAUGCACUGAUCAUCCUGAUGCGCAUCCUGCCGCACUAUCCGGUACUAGCCAAACUGGCCCAGAUCAUCGAGCGGAAGGUGGAUAAGGUGCGCGAGGAGGAGAAGACAAAGCGGCCGGAUUUGUAUGUCAUUGCCUCCAGCUACAUUGGACAGCUGAAGCAGAGGAGUUCGCAGAUGCUGAAGGAGAGCGAUUUCCAUCAGUUGGCGGACAGGGCUAACAAGGACUCGCCACCGACUGGUGGUGCCACUGGUGGUACACCGAUCAAGGUGCUUUCCUCCGACAAAACUUCACCCAUCUCGGGAUCUGUACAAAGCGCGGCUGCCAAACCGCCGGGGGCCGCAACUGGUUCUUUCUUCGGCACUGAAGUCAAGCCAGACAUCAAGGAUGUCAAGCCGGUCUCUCUUACACGUAGUGAUUCGAAGAUCCCAAAAAGUGAGCCCAUCUCGUCCAAUCUGGUGUCCAUAUCGACUUCAUCCAGCACGGAACGGGACAGCAAACAACGUGAACUGCCUGCGCCGCGUGAUUCUCAGCCUCGCUUCAAGGAGGAGUCGCUGGAGCAGACUAAUGGAAGCAGCCAGAGGGAAAGCCGCAGCCGGGACUUGGAACGGGAGAAGCAGGAUCAGCAUGAGCAGCGUCACGGCAGCAUUACCAGCCAUCGCAGCUCCAGGGAGUCGGUAAGGGUGAAGACGGAGGCCGAGCAGCAUCAGCGGUCGCGUGAACGUUCUCAGCGUCUGGAGGAAUUGGAGGCGUCCCAACAGCGCGGUAUCAAGCGUGAAAAGAGUUCUCGGCGUGGUGGUGAAGAGCGUCACCGGCACACCGAAGGCCCGGAUGCAGUUGUGGAUCUAGUGGGUGGCAAUGAUCAUCGCCACUACGACGAGUACGAGAGUCGCGGUGUUCGGGAUAGAGAUCUUAGCUCCGUAUCCAAUGAGAGCAAUGGUUCCAUGCAACAUCGUCAGCGCAGUCACGAGACCAUUGAGUACGAAAGAGUUGAUUCCAAGCGUCGCAAAAUAGAGUCAUCGUCCAGCAGUUCAAAGAAGGUGGAGGAACUGGUGGACAGCGUGAAGAAGGCGCGCGGCCUGAAAACCAAAGACCGCAACAAGGACAAGCUGUCAGAGGAGGAGCGUGAUGCCCGCAAGGAUCGCAAGCUGGGUCGUAAGCGGGAUCGUGCCGAGGAGUCCAAUAGCGGUGAUCACAAGCGUCGGCGUGAGGCGCAAAAUGGCGAAGAGGAAGGUCGUGAUAGGGAGCGUCACAGGGAUAAGUCACCGCGAGAGCGUUCCCACGAGAAGUUCGACCGGGAGAGAGGUGGCAGUUCCCGCGGCGAGGAUCGCCAGUAUACGAUUAGCAAGUCAACCCGUUCAUCUAGGGUCAAUUACUAGAACACAAUCCUGGGCAUGGUGUGCCAUGAUGACCUGGCUCUGCCUCCCCACCCCAUUUUAAGAGCAACGAGAGAAGCAUUUUCUUUAAUUUUAAAACAAUUUCAAAGUUGACACACCAAUUAUAAAUAGAAACUUUUGUAACAAAGGAUCAGAACUUAUUUUGAACUGUUUACCAUUUUUUUAGUGACUAAUUUUAAAAAGAAAAUCCAAACAAUUAAACUGUAAAAUAUAGAA